AUGAGACGAGGCGGCCCCGAGGAGCUCCCGCUCCUCAACAAACCUGCCAACGGCAAAUACGGCGCGAAAACCCUGGACGACACGACGUCCACGGCGUCCAACGCGGUGAACGCCGGGGACGCGAUCCUCACCGCGCUGCACGGCCAGCGAAACAAAGUCCUCUCCGCGCGCGUGAACAACGAGUCGAUGCAGUCGGACAUGGACGUCAGCGAGCGGCGCAUGAGCCGCAUGGCGUGCGAGCGGUGCGUGCAGCGAUACAUAUGCCUCAUAUGCCUCCUCCUCGUGAUAGGCGGCGCGUCUUUCUACCUGUACUGGAGGUACGAGUUGCGAGACGACGGCGCGGCGCCGGCGCCGGCGCCGACGGCGGCGACGCUCGGCGCGGGCGCGGCGGCGUGGCUGGGCGGCGAAGUGAUCCCGAUCGUCGACCCGACGAAAUGGGGAGAGGUCCCGAGCCCCCCCGCGCCCGCCGCCGCGACGACGACGACGACGACGGAGGCCGCCACGACCCCCGCGCCGCGCCCGGCGUCGAGCGCGGCGACCGUGGCGAAGUUUCUCGAAGUCAACGCGGGCGUCCAAAACGCGGCGGCGCUGCCGACGUUGACGGUUACGUACGCGAACCACGACGUCGUCCCCGGCGAGCACUUCCAGUCCAGCCGCGACGCGUUCGUGCUGAACCCGCCGCCCGCGGUGUCGUGGAGCGCGAUUCGCCCACCGCUCGACCCCACGAAGCACCGCGCGGUGAUCAUGUUCGACCCGGACGCGCCCGAGCCGGCGCCGGGCGACGGCGCGACGCCGGGCGCGAACGCGCCGUACCUGCACGCCGUCUGGACGACGCACGGCGGAAAUGCGGCGACCGCGCCGCUCGCGGUGCCUCGCCUCGCGGUGCCGUACGAGCCCCCGGUGCCGCCCAAGGGGACGCAUCGGUACGUGUUCGUGUUGUUCGAGCAGGCGGGAGAGAAGCCGAUCGUCGUGAGCGAGGGCGCGGAGACGCAGCGACGCGAGUGGGAUCUGAAGGCGUUUUUGGCGAAGAACCCGGGGGCGCGCGCGGCGGCGGUGAAUCAUCUGACGUGCUCGCCGCCGUCGAAGGACCGGAGGACGGGGGUCGAGGACGACGUGCACGUCGCGGAGGGCCACGAGCCGCUCACCAUCGACCCGCUGUACGUCGUGUGA